AGCAAGGAACGAAUAAUAAGCAUCAGAAAAAGCAAAGAGAAGUCCAGCCACGCCACCAUCGCCGAAGAACCUUCCUCCAAGCGAUGAAUUUCGUCACAUAAAAAGAAGAACAAGAAGAAGAAUUAGCUUCUAGAUCUUAGUUCUACGCUCUUUUCUUUUUAUCUCUUUUUCCAUUAAUGGCGGAGAGCAAGAGAUCCAUGGGGACGGUGAAGUGGUUCAGCGCUCAGAAAGGGUUCGGAUUCAUCGCCCCGUAUGACGGCGGUGAAGAUCUCUUCGUUCACCAGACAUCGAUCCGAUCCGACGGUUUUCGGACCCUCUCGGAGGGUCAAACUGUCGAGUUCGCGAUCGAUCACGGCGACGACGGUCGCACCAAGGCCGUCGAUGUAGCGAGCCUCGCCAGAUCUGGUCUGUCCGGGCCUGGCCGUGGCCGUGGCCGAGGCGGAGGAGCCGGGUCCGGUGGGAGGGGGAGAGGCGGCGGUGGCUACCGAAGCUAUGGCGGAGGGUUUGGUGGCUCUAGAGGAGGGAGGUCCGGCGGAGGCGGCGGCGGCGGCUACUAUGGAGGAGUAGAGUACUAUGGAGGAGUAGAGUGCUACAAUUGCGGCAGGACGGGUCAUUUGGCGAGGGAUUGUUAUCAGGGAGGCGGCGGCGGAGGUGUUUAUAGUGGUGGCGGUGGUGCGAAAUUUGGCGGCGGUGGUCGGGGAUAUGGCGGCGGAGGGAGUAGAGGAUGUUACAAUUGUGGAGAGGAAGGGCAUUUGGCUAGGGAUUGUCCGAACGAUCAGAACUGACGCGUCCUUGGUGAUCAUGCUUUUCUACCUCUCGCUUAUCUCUCUUUCAUUGACAGAUUAUCUGGAUUGCCGCGCUUUUUUCUUCCUUUUUUUUUUUGUUCAUUGAUUUUUCGUGCGUUUGAAAAAGGAAAUGGAUGUUAUUCUUCUGAUUUUCUCAUUGUUGGGGCUUUUUGGCUUUGGGUGAUUAUCUCUUUCGCAUGAUUUGGUAAAAUUUGGGCAACUUUUUUGCGUUUAA